AUGGCCCAUCGGGAGACGUACGCUUCAUACCCUGACCUCAAAGGUCAAAUCGCUUUAGUACUAGGAGCAGGUCAAUCCGGCGACCCCACAUCAAAAUUCUGGGGCAAUGGAGCUGCAAUCAGCAAAGUCCUUAGUACAUCUGGUGCAACUGUUAUCGCCUGUGAUGUGAACCUAGAAGCAGCACGGUUGACAGCAUCCCGAAUCCAAGCCGACGGAGGAAUCUGCGAGCCAGUCCAGGCAGACGCAACCAGCCUAGCUGAUAUCAAACGAGCUGUCAACCAAAUCAUCCAAAAGCACGACCGUAUUGACAUCCUCGUCAACAACGUCGGGGGUACAAAGACCGGAGACCCAGCCACCAUGUCAGAAGAAGCAUGGGAUUCUCAGAUCCGCUUUAAUUUGAAGACCGUCUUCCUCGGCUGCAAUGCCGUCCUGCCCAUAAUGGAAAAACAAGGAUCUGGAUCGAUUAUUAACAAUGCCUCCAUUGCCGGCAUGAGAUACCUGGGCAAACCCCAAGUCGCAUACGCAUCUGCCAAGGCGGCGGUUAUCCAUUUCUCGAGUAUUACUGGGAUUAUGUACGCGGGUAAAGGUAUUCGAGUGAAUUCUGUCGCUCCUGGAAUGGUGUAUACGCCGCUGCUGGAGAAACUUGGGAAUAGCGAAUCGGCGGAGGAGCGUGAGAUACACAAGAAAAUCACCGAUCAUAAUGUGCCUCAGGGUAGCAUGGGUGAUGCUUUUGAUGUGGCUAACUGUGUGGCAUUCUUGGCUAGUGGUGCUUCGCGUUACAUCACCGGGCAGAAUUUGGUUGUUGAUGGUGGACUGAUCGGGUCGACUGGGACUGGAGGCCAGCCUCAGAAGCGAGCGUCAAGACUGUAA